AGUUCAUCCCUCUUGCGCAACCCCCUUGUUACAGUACGAACGUCACGUGUAAUAAUUCGCUUCAGAAGUGUUUCCGAAGUCAGACACUAUCUUUCAUUGUGCGAGUCAUUUUCGAAGAGCAAGAGACUGAACCUCAAGUCAAGAGCACUAUAUAACGAUAGUUACCAGGUGGAGGCUCGAAAAAUUAAAAUGCCUUAUGAUAGUACUACGAACAGUGCGCGCAUAAUCAUGAAACGGAGAUCUCCGGCCAUGAGCAGCAUCCUGCUGCUCGCCAGUCUGCACCAAAGAGAGCAGAGUAUUUUCGCGAAUGCGCUUCGCACGCAGUUGAAAAAGCACACCAAGCAAACCACAGCUUCGAAAUUACAGCUCGCCACUACCGCUUCGUCGAAGAUGAUGAAGAGCGCAAUCGCGGCGCAAAAAACACAUAAUCACCUCGAAACUACAGGCGGGUCCUGCACCUGCAACAACGCAGCCGGUGCUGCAGAUUGGGACGGAGAGGUGUGGAUUACGGGAGCGAAAAGGGCUGAUCUGUGCCGACAGGGUCACUCGAUCAAGUGGAACGUUGACGAAAAAUCCCGCUGGAUUACCGGCUGGCUGAGCGGUAGCGACGUGCCGGAAGGGCAGCUUGACGACUGCAAUGCGCAACGGGUAGGAUCAGACUUCGACGCCAGUAUGGGUGUGCGCUUCAGCAUCAGCGAGCAAUACUGGACCGCGCAAGACGCUGCGAGGUCCCCUAUGCGCUCCUUUAUUUCGCCACUGUGGCAAUCCGGCGCCGACGGGUCCUCAAACAAUGACCGCAACCCCGACAACCAGCGGUUUUCUUUCUCCGUUUACAUCACCGACGUUGCGAAAACCCUCGGUGGGGUCAAUCAAAUGUUUUUCUGGACCGACAGCGGCAGCAUCCUGCAGGUAAUUUUCGGGCAGAACCAGCACUAUGGGAACGGCCAGGUUCUCCUGUGUACCUUCCCAGGAAACGAUGCGCAAAAAUUCGGUCGGGAGGACGAUUGUGUCUCGACCACGGAAAUACCGACCGACGCUUGGAACCGCAUUGACCUCGACAUGGGGGCACCGGGGGAGUACACCGUGCAUUUCAACGGACAGCAGGUGGCAACCAAGGCGGACGUUUCGGACGGGGGGCGCGGGCCCACGUACCCGCAGUUGGGUGGCAGCUGCCGCACGGAGCAAGAACAGGGCGACAUCGGGAAAACCUGUGACGGCUACACGUUGUACAUCAAAGACGUGUGUCUCGGGGAGGCAACCGGCACCUGUCCCUCCGGCACGACGGGCAUUCCGCCCAGCCAAGCCCCGGCCUUUGCGACAGUUGCCGACGCCGACUCACCCGACGCAGACAGCCCGGGAGACCCCCUGCUGGAUCCCUCGCAAGAUCCGCUAUCUGAGCACGAGACCGAGCCGCCUGGGACGACGCCGGGGGGCACGCCAGGGGGCACCAGCCCCCCCUCGUCCGGUGCACCAUCUUCUGGCGGCGGCGCAGGCUCCAAUGGCGAUGCAGCAAACGGCGGGAGUGUUUCGGCUGGUGGUGGUACGUUUGAGAAGUGGACCCCGGGGGACGGGGAAACGGUAGACGAUCCAACCACGUUGGGAGGCGACGGGGGUUGCUGUUAG